AUGCCUCGCACCAAUGGGAAAUUGCACGCACAGGUGUUCCUCCAUGUUAGUCUCACAUUUCGGUCUGUGAUCAAGCUCGAACUCGUCGAUGUGACGUUCCCGUCUGCGGUUGUGUUUGGACGGCUUGUGCGUGCGCUGCCCCACCUCUCCCCCCUCAAAUACAGCGGAGUGUUCCUCCUUGUUAGUCUCACAUUUCGGUCUGCGAUCAAGCUCGAACUCUUCAAUGUGACGUUCCCGUCUGCGGUUGUGUUUGGGCGGCUUGUGCGUGCGCUGCCCCACCUAUUUCCCCUCAAAUACAGCGGAGUGAGAUUCAAGAAAGGCUGCCAUGUUGCGUGUGCGGUGCGGGUGCCAGGCUCUCUCCGACUCGACGCUGGCGAUCUAGUUGGCAGCGACGACAUGUUUGACUUCCUUGUGUCGAUCGGUGCGCACCUUCGCCAUCUCACCUGCCACGGAUAUGACAUGGAGAGGCAUCCAGAGCUGCUCGCUGUGUCCGCCGAGUCGCUCUUGUCCCUCGAGGUUUUGUUUAUUCACAAAGCCUCACUCGAUCUCACGCCCGCUGUCAACUUGCGUGUCCUGGCGUUGGCAGGCUAUCUCGAAGACAUCGCCAAGGCGGCCAUUUUACUGUCUUGCGGAUCUCUGCCCAACAUAGUUGAAGUUGCCAUUGGAUCGUGGCUAUUCCAUCUGGAAACACCUGUCAAUGUCGACGACGCAUUGAAUAGCGUCCACAAUGACUCCUUUGCCGCGAUGGACCGCAUCCUCUCCGGAAAGCAGUUCCCUGCCCUCCAGAAAGUCACCUGUACCCUUCGCUGUACUGUCCCGUCUUCUAGCGGGGCGAUGAAUGUUAUAUCCGCAGGCUUCUGGCUCACUGCUCUCAUCAAGGCUUCCAGCAUUGCAUGCCAGUGGCCACCUCUUGUAAGUUGA